GCCGUAACUAGUAGUAAAACCAACCGUUGACCAUAAACACUCGUUAGCACACGAUAAGCGAGAGGGGCUCGAUGGAGAUCUCGAUCCCCCACUUUGGCUGAAUCGGAGCUGAAUCUCAGCUCUCAGCUACUUUUCAGCUUUCAAAUUUUUUAAUCUCCCAUUCCUCCCCCUUCAUUUCUCUCCACAUCUAUAUUUUUACAACUUCCUCAAAAUGUCCAUCAACGGAGAAACACACUCCGUGGGCCCAGCCAUCCAAGCAUUCCGCGAGAAGAUCACCACCGCCAACCGCGCCUUCCUCAACGACCGCAUCGACGAAAUCCAGAAAUUCGAUCUCCCAGAGCCGAAGAAACUGCAAAUCGCCGCGCAUUUCUGGUCGAAAAGUGUCGUAUGGCCGUUUAAGAAACGAGACUACGACUACCAAACCGGGUACAUCCUCGAUGGGAAAGCACUAGAGGAGCAGCGAGAGCGGGAGAAUAAAGUGACGAGCGUGGAGGAGGUGCGGACUCUAUGGCAUCCGUAUUUUGAUGGUGUGAAGGAACCUACUUUGACGGAUGAAAAGUGGCGGAGGGUAUUCAUCGAAGAGCUGGAGAACGUCAGCAAUGAGAAAUUUGAUCUGUUUAAAGAGGAUGGACAUGUGAUUAAGGCCAGUCCGGAGUUGGACGAGUUUCUGCAGCAUGCCGAUGGGAUUGUUGACAUGGACUUUCGGUACUGGGGUAUUUGUGGUUUCGAACUGGUGCCGCAGAGAAUCCUCACACCUCCUGAUGAAGACGAGAUCGACGACGCGCUGAUUCACAAAUGGAUACGCAAGAAUCUGGAAUGGAAACAAUUCAAUGAAGGCGAGAUGGAUAACCUCCAAUUGUACGACUGGGACUGCAAGGGAGGCUUCGAGACUGGGCGAUCGAAGCAGGAGAAUAACUGGAUGUGGUUCAGCGCGUACACCUACUGCCGGAAGACCAUCGAGGAGGGAGACGACGAAAAGUCCCCGGAGCAUCAGUGGGCAUGGCGGGUUUUGUUCUGGAAUGAUGCGCAGAUUGUAGGGAUUGAUGAGCAGGUGCACGCGUUUGAGCAUUUUGAUGAGUUUCUGGAGUGGUAUUCGAGCUGGCCGGGGAUGGUAGAUUUGGAUGGGGUGCGGGAGAACAUGUAUGGCGAUGAAAAGUACCCCAGUCUGUUUGGGGAUUACACGUGGGAAUCCGAUGAAGAGAAAGAGUAAGCAAACGGCAUAAUUCACAACUUCUGUCAUCUGUUCUUGCCUAUUUGAAAACAGAUGACCACAUUCCUUUAGUGUUUGUUCGUAGUAGCAGUUCCUAGUAAUAAUACCAGGACCCAUUCCAUUCUAUACCUCAGGUAUCCAGCAAUUUUGGAAUGCGGAAAUGAUUAUACCAUAGAGCCUCUAAUCCA